UUUAGCGCGCACUUCAACCAAAACAGAGACACCACAGGUCGCAUUUCUGCCAGUAACUGGUUAAUUCAGUCUCGUUUGUCAACUUUAACUCUUUGGUACCAUCAACAACGCGUGCCAGGCACACGGCGAUCUGGUGCGCUUUAGGCUAAUAGGCUAAUUUAAGCUGAAGCUAACACGACAAGCGUCAGUGAGGAGCAAACAUGAGGAGAAGUCUGGCUCCCAGCCAGAUGGCGAAGAGAAAGCAAGGCUCGGAUUCAUGCGAGGAAGACGACGAGGACUACAGAAUUGAGAAGAGAAGGAAAAGCAGUAAAGUCACAAGAGACUGCCACAUCUCACCGUACAGGAAACCUUUGACUCAGCUGCACAACCGGCCCACUUGUCAGGAUGGAGCCAAACAUGAGGAAUUCAUUCGGCGCAUUCUCUCCAAGCCAUUUAAAGUUCCUAUUCAAAAUUACUCAGGCCCUCUGGGAAUCAGGGCUCUAGGUUUGAAGCGCGCCGGAAUCAGACGAGCACUCCAUGAUCCUUUUGCAGAGGAUGCUCUCGUUCUUUAUUCACCAGAAACCCUGAGUGCUCAUGACCUGAUCAAGGCUGACAAAGACAAACUGCCAGUCCAUGUUGUUGUGGAUCCAGUAUUGGGCAAAGUACUGCGGCCUCAUCAGCGAGAGGGGGUGAAAUUCCUGUGGGAGUGUGUGACUGGCAGACGAAUCCCAGGAUCGUUCGGCUGCAUCAUGGCUGAUGAGAUGGGUCUGGGCAAAACUCUGCAGUGCAUUACCCUCAUGUGGACUCUGUUGCGCCAAAGCCCGGACGCCAAGCCAGAGAUCAACAGGGCCAUCGUGGUCUCGCCCUCCAGUUUGGUCCGCAACUGGUAUAAUGAAGUUGGGAAGUGGCUUGGCGGACGUGUCACACCAGUGGCUAUUGACGGAGGAUCCAAGACGGAGAUUGACAGGAAACUUGUGAACUUCAUGUCUCAGUUUGGCUUGAGAGUUCCAACACCCAUUCUCAUCAUCUCCUACGAAACGUUCCGGCUGCACGCUGAAGUUCUGCACAAGGGCAAAGUCGGGCUGAUCAUCUGUGAUGAGGGCCAUCGGUUGAAGAACUCGGACAACCAGACGUACCAGGCUUUGAAUGCCAUGAGUGCUCAGAGGCGAGUGCUGAUCUCUGGUACUCCCAUCCAGAAUGACCUGCUCGAGUAUUUCAGCCUGGUGCACUUUGUUAAUGCUGGCAUCCUGGGGACUGCUCAAGAGUUUAAGAAGAGAUUUGAACUUCCCAUCCUGAAGGGAAGAGAUGCUGAUGCCAGUGACAAAGACAGACAGACUGGGGAGGAGAUGCUCAAAGAGCUGAUCAGUAUUGUAAACAGGUGUUUGAUAAGAAGAACGUCCGAUAUUCUGUCCAAGUAUCUUCCUGUGAAAAUUGAGCAGGUGGUUUGUUGCAGGAUGACUCCUCUGCAGACUGAGCUCUACAAACACUUCCUCAAACAGGCUAAACCCCUGGAGACAUUACAGCAGGGCAAGAUAAGCGUCUCCUCUCUGUCCUCCAUCACUUCACUCAAGAAACUGUGCAAUCAUCCUGCUCUCAUCUACGACAAGUGUGUGGAAGGCGAGGAAGGCUUUGUAGGAGCUAUUGAUCUGUUCCCCUCGGGGUACUCCACUAAGAAUGUGGAGCCUCAACUCUCCGGGAAAAUGCUGGUUCUGGACUACAUCCUGGCCAUGACGCGGACCACAACCAGUGACAAGGUGGUGCUGGUGUCCAACUACACUCAAACGCUGGACCUUUUUGAAAAGCUGUGCAGAUCACGAAGCUACCUCUAUGUUCGCCUGGACGGCACCAUGUCCAUUAAGAAAAGAGCCAAGAUUGUGGAGAAUUUCAACAGCCCAUCUAAUCCAGAGUUCAUCUUCAUGCUGAGCAGCAAGGCUGGGGGCUGCGGUCUGAAUUUGAUUGGUGCCAAUCGUCUGGUGAUGUUUGACCCGGACUGGAACCCUGCCAAUGACGAGCAGGCAAUGGCACGGGUUUGGCGAGACGGCCAGAAGAAGACCUGCUAUAUCUACAGGCUCCUCUCUACGGGGACGAUUGAGGAGAAGAUCCUGCAGAGACAAGCGCAUAAGAAAGCUCUGAGCAGCUGCGUGGUGGAUGAGGAGCAGGACGUGGAGCGCCACUUCUCACUUGGAGAACUGCGAGAACUUUUUACUCUCAACGAGGAGACAACAAGCGACACACACGACAAGUUCCGCUGUAGGCGCUGUGUGAACGGCAUCCAGGUUCGUCCUCCUGCUGAAAACGCAGACUGCACCAGCGACCUGUCCCAGUGGAUCCACUGCUCUGACAAGAAGGGACUCAGGGACCAAGUGCUGAAAGCCUCUUGGGAAGCUGCUGUCUCCUUUGUCUUCCACCAGCGAUCACAUGAAGACCAGAAGGGAGUCGUAUAG